AUGGCCGUUUUGUUUUUCUUCUGCGAACCAAAAACGGUUUUCGAUUGUGCCGGAUUCAUUUGCAGUCUGCAGUUUUUAAUGGGCUGUAAUGGAUUCGGCAUAUAUGGUACGCACUUUAAGAUCAGUCGCUGGAGAAGGAUCUACUCGCUGUCGGUGGCCAUUUUGGCCUUAUUCGGACUUUUUGGUUCCCUAAGCGUUCUUUUGGGAGCCGAGGAUGUAAAAGAAAGGCUUGAAAAGGCGGAUGGUCUGGUGUUGAGUAUUUCCGUUCUGGAGUUGGUCAUGUCCACCUUGGUCUUUGUGGCCACAGUGAUAUCCCUGCAAAUCUGUGCACGUCGUCAUUUGGGAAUCUAUAUAAGAUUAGCUGCCUUGGACAACCGGCUAAUAAGCGACUUUGGAGCCAAUCUUAACUAUAGGAAAAUGCUGAGGAAGAACGUAGUGGUGCUGGGACUGGUCACCCUCAUCUAUACGGUGGCUAUCAAUUGUGCCGCCUUCCAAGUGACAGUAGGUCACAGACCCCUCUUUCUGCUGUUCGCCUUGUGCUAUACGAUUGUCACCGGAGGACCCCAUUUCUCGGGCUAUGUGCACAUGAACCUGGCCGAAAUGCUGGGCAUCCGUUUCCGGUUGUUGCAGAAACUACUUUGCCCGGAGUUCCUGAUAUGGCGUUUCCCCGAGAUGCAAAUGCGGGAGUUGCGUAUCCGCCAGGUGGUGUCCAUGGUCCAGGAACUGCACUACCUCGUCCAGGAGAUCAACGUGGUCUACGCUUUUAGUCUGUGGACAGCCAUGGCCCACGACCUGGCCCUGAGCACCAGUGAUUUGUAUCUACUUUUCGGCCAGUCCGUGGGAAUCGGCGGAGGUGGUCAGCAGGAUGAGGAUGAGUCGGAGCAGGGCAAUAGAUACCUAUUACUCGGCUAUGUUGCCCUCUGCAUGUUGCCGCCACUCUACAAGCUCCUCAUUGCCCCCUUCUACUGCGAUCGUACAAUUCGAGAUGCCAGGAGAUGUCUCCGGCUCAUCGAGCAACUGGACAACUGGUUUCCUGAAAAAUCCUCAAUGAGGCCUCUAGUCGAGUCCUUAAUGUCUUGGCGAAUGCAGGCCAGGAUUGAGUUCACCAGUGGCCUUGAUGUCCUCCUCAACCGAAAGGUUAUCGCUAUGUUCACAUCGGUUCUGGUCAACUAUCUGCUUAUCCUCAUCCAGUUUGCGAUGACCCAGAAGAUGGGCGAGCAAAUCGAACAGCAGAAGGUUGCUCUGCAGGAGUGGAUAGGGUACUAA